AUAAAGUUUCGUUUUGAGUUUUUCUCCUCUCUGCCGCUGUGUUUGCACUUUAAUUUUGUAAAAAAUAUUAUUAUUUGUUAUGAACGGUAUGUUUUAUGUGUUAUUAGGGCACUAAAAAUAUCGGUUAUAUCCUUUUAUUUCAUAUAAUCUCGAUAUUAUUAGUGUUAUCAUCGAAUUAUAUCCAAGACAUCAAUACUGCUUAUGAUUUUAAAACACUUCGCUACUUGUUUUUUUAUGAAAUUUUUGUUAUAUUAAUCUCAGGUUAUUAUCGACCUGUCAAGUAGACAUUUUUUCGUCAAGCUGUCUCCGCAAAUUCGCAAAAUAGGAGACGAAAAUCCUUUCAAGUUCUCUAGUUUUAUAACGAAUCUGCCACCUAUAGGUGGUAGAACAAUGCCGCGGUGCAGCAAGCGCACGCGCAGCGGCGCUCCCGCUGCAGAACUAUUGCCUGGCACUACCUCUCUUGAAGAUCAUCAUCACCACAAACGUUCCAGAAAUACUAGUUCCAGAAGACAUUCCAAAUCAGAAGACACAAGUUUCAGUGUAAAAAAAUGCCUAACUUGGUUUAAAGAAUACACAACAGUUUCAGAACCAGAUGUUUUAGGACCAGAAGGCAUGGAAAAGUUUUGUGAAGACCUCGGUGUUGAUCCAGAGAAUGUUGUGAUGCUAGUCAUUGCAUAUAAAAUGGGUGCCAAACAAAUGGGUUAUUUUACACAAGAAGAAUGGAUAAAAGGUUUAACAGAACUUCAAUGCGAUAAUGUGCACAAAUUACAAAACAAAUUAGAAUAUUUACGCAGUUUACUCAAUGACCCCUAUAUAUUUAAGGCAGUGUACAGAUAUUCAUAUGAUUUCGCGAGAGACAAGGACCAGCGCUCGCUGGACACGAGCACGGCGCGCGCGCUGCUGGGCGUGCUGCUGCCGCGCUGGGCGCUGCGGGCGGCGCUGGGCGACUUCCUGUCGCGCGAGCGCCGCUACCGCGUCGUCAACCGCGACCAGUGGUGCAACAUCCUCGAGUUCAGCCGCACCGUCGACGCGCAGCUCACCACCUACGACGCCGACGGCGCCUGGCCAGUAAUGUUAGACGAAUUUGUAGAAUGGCUACGAGCUGAGCGAGGUGGGGAUUCCUCAAUGCUGGCCAGCUGAGACUGUCCACCUGUCAAAGCCUCACAAGGGUCGGUCUGCCGGCGGCUCGACCGGCGACGUGGCCAUGUUACACUUUAAUUGUAAGUCCUCAUGUAUAUUAUUAAUGUUACGAUUCAUUUUAUUUGUAUUUAUGUAUAUUAUGAUUUCAGCGUUCAUUCACGCUUUAUUCAAUCUGAAUCUAAUGAAUUACACGUGAGCUUUUGUGUAUAAAAGUUUUGACAUGUGCAUGUAUAUUGAUUUUUUUUUGCAGUUAUUUUUUGUAUUUCAUUGUGUACAGUUCGUUGCUAUAAACUUUCAUAUGUGUAUAGUUGCAUAUAUUAAGCUAUGUCAUAUUAUGAAAAACUUUCAUUAUUUACGAUAAUAUCAGAAAAUGUGUUUUUCAUUUUAGUGUAAUUCGUCGGAUUCAGAGAUAAUUUGCUUAAUACACACCAUUGUAUUCCAAUAUUUUAAUGUAUCGGUAUCAUUUAAAUUGUAUGCAAUCUCAAAUACUCUGAAAUAUAUUUGAUAUCUGUUGAGACAAUAUUUGUAUAAGAUAAUUUAUUUAAAUUUUAACGCCCACCGAAUCAGUUAUGUUAUUUCAAUAAACUAAUAGUACAAGCAUUAAUGAGUAUAAUUUUAUUAAGUGGCAAGUGCAGUCUGUUUUUUUUAAACUGAUUUACCAAAAUUAGUUAAAAUAGGCUGUUUUAAAAAAAGUAUCCUAUCGAUUUCGAAGACUUUGUAAAAAAAAAACUUUUGAUGUAGAUGAACAAAAUUGCAAAUUUAUGAGAAAAAUAUAAUAUUGUAUGUUAAUAUUUUAAUAAUUUUGAUUGUGUCUAAAUAUUAUAGUCAGUACUAUGACAACCUGAACAAAUAUGUUAACUUUGAUUGUAGGCCAACUAUGUGGUAGAAAAAGGGGGUUGUAGUACUUAAUAUACAUAAAUAAAGCCAAUAAUUAAAAUGUGUGGUCCUGUCCUUAUACGUAUAACCAUCCUCAAAAUUAGGCAAUAGAAAUUAUAAAAAAAUAUUUAUCCCCACAUUUAUAAUCUAUGUUAACUGAUGCUAGUUUUUAAUUUUCUGCAAUUUCAUACUCGAAUCAUUGAAUCUAUCGAAUUAAACAAUUACAGAUAUACUUUGAGAAGAUCAGAGAUAUAUUAUACUGCUAUGAAUUCUAACUUAUGAAGGAAGAAUGGUGGGACCUUGAUAAUUUUGCAUUAUGCCAAGUCUCGACGCGCACUGGUCCACAUAGUGCCCAAUUAUAUUAUUUUGUCAACUUGUCUUGUAAAUACCCACAAAACAUGCCUUAAUAUUUUUAUAAUGAAUAAACAGACAUAAUCUGAAUGUGUAAUAAUAAUAGUUUUAUAUAUACAAGCAAUAAUAAAUUCUCACCUCAUUCCAAUUAAAAUAUAGUAUAUGGGAUAAAUGUUACAAGUCAAGUUGUCAAAGACUAAAUGCCAGUAUAAUUAAAAUAUUAAUUGUAGGUAAUCGAUAUGUGAUCGAUAUGAACUCGACUGAAAGCUUUCUACUUUUAAGUGUCGCUUACUUCGGAGACUAAUUUGCAUUUUUGUAUUUCGUCUAGUUCGCAAGCCUGUUUUAUGAGCGACAGUUUAAUUUAUAUGUAAAAAAAUAUUAGCGCCAUCUUUAUAAGGCGUUAAGUUACGAUUCUGUUAUUUCAGCCCCAAAUUAAGUAUAGGAAAUUGUACUCAUUCUAGUGUUUAAUUAAUUUAAGCGAUAUAACAGGCUUUUGAACUAUUCAAAGAUAAAACAAUGCUCUGAAUCAAGUUCCGAUGGACUAGAACAUCUAGUCUAAUACUUUAGGUUUAGGUGUAGAUAUGGUUUUUUUAUAAGACAUGUAGGUAGUAUUUUUCAAAUUCUCUAUGAUUGUAACGAAUACGGUGUUUCUGUAAGAAAGCGGUGUAUACAAAAAUUAUCUCAAACGUUUAGGCCCCUUGUACCGAAUGUCAUUGCAAGAGAAAUAAAUCAUUCAAAAAU